AUGACCCCUGGGGGCCUCUACGGUGGUUGGACCCUCCUUUUCUUGUUUCUGGCACCCCUUUCCUGCCAUCCGUGCCCCAUUCCUUGUGAAUGUUCUGAGGCAGCUCGUACAGUGAAGUGCGUCCAGAAGGAACUGAACUCCAUCCCAGCUGGUAUUCCUGGGUACACCCGCAACCUCUUUAUAACUGGCAACCAGAUUGCCCAUGUUGGUAGCCAAGAUCUCCAAGGACUUCACAAUCUGGUCACACUCUCCUUGGCUAACAACAGGAUUAAUGCUGUGGAGUCCCAUGCCUUCUCUAAUCUCCGGAGUCUGCGCUACUUGGACCUGAGUUAUAACCACUUAGUCACCAUCCACCCUGAUGCCUUCAGUGCUAGAAACAAUUCAGUCCAGGAGCUGAAUCUCAGUCACUCACUAUACAACUUCUCUGCCAUCCACCCGGUGGCAGCUGCCCUUGCCCAAGGGGGUUUCCAGAAUCUCUCCAAGCUUGAACUCACCAGCAACAAGAUCAUUUAUUUGCCACUAGGAAUGUUGUCCAGUCUCUCUAAACUUGAGUACUUAGACUUGAGGAACAAUUCCUUGAUAGAUAUUAAGAACUCUACCUUUUCUGGACUUCACCUUAAGUACCUUGAUUUGACCUCAAAUGCCUUCAAAACUUUGAGGAGUGAAGCUUUAUUUGCCCUGGAAAGACAAUCCCACCUUAGCCUCUUUCUGAAAGACAACCCUUUUGUAUGCAAUUGUGACAUUGAGGACCUGGUCAACUGGCUGAACCAAAGCCGGCAAGUAGUAGAUGUGGAAAAACUAGCCUGCAUUUCCCCCCAGGAUUUGAGGAACACCUCCUUGGUGGAACUAGUGGGAGCAGAUCUGGAGUGCCACUACAGUCAACAUAGUGAAAAUGUUCUUCAGUCCUCAUAUGCUGCACUGGGUAUCGUUCUGGGGAUAAUUGGCAUCAUCUUCCUUUUUGUGCUUUACCUGAAUCGUAAGGGCAUCAAGACCUGGAUGAAUGGUCUACGGGAUGCUUGCCAGAACCUGAUGGAGGAGUACCACUAUCGUUAUGAAAUAGAUUCUGAUCGCCGCAUCACACAAAUCUCGGCAGUGGACAUAUGACCUCCGUCUUUUCUUUGCAGUGGCAUCUUUC